CGCGUUUUGUUAACAAAUCACAAAUAUAAGUACAUGUUAAUGCUGUUUAAGCUUUAGUAAACAUUAAAAGAUGCGAGUAUCAUAUUUAUCAUUGGCUUUUGCCGUAAUCUUUGCUUUGGCGAUCAUGGACGCACCCGCGGUAAAAGCAAAACCCAUGCUGGGAGUGAUGUUGGGAACAGAUCCCUUAACUGCCUUAACUUCAGGUGCCAGCGACAUAGUACAGGAAAUAAGAACAGCAAUGGGACAGAUUAUAAGUCCACCACAAGUGCCGGAAGCAACUCAAACACCUGUUAAACAAUAAAAAAAUAUGGAAUUACAAAUAUGUGUACAUAAAUGAUUAUAAAUUUUCAAAAAAUAUAAAUUGUAUUUGUAUAUCUCUGUUAUAUUUACUUGUUUCUGAAGUACACAAAAGACAAUAAAUCUGUAUGCUUAUACCGUA